AGGGGUGGCGAUCGCGAAAGGGGAGAGUGGGACAGGGGUAUUGGGGGAUGCGCAAAUGUGUCAAAUUGAAAUUAUUUUUAGGGGCAAUUCAUUCUUCGCUCUUCAAAUGAUAAAGAAAAAAACAAAAACCUGUAAAAUUGAGUGCGUCGAUAAAUCAUCUUCGAUUUGUGUGUGUGUGUGUGUGUUUCGUCCCCUUCCCAACUCCCUCACCCCACCUAACCCACCCUAUGGGAGAUAGUGGAGCCGGGCGAGAUGAGCUGUCACACGCAUGCGGAAACGGCCCCGACGGAGCGACCGAGCCGCGGCAGGUUGUGUGUGUGCGCGAGGGUGAAAGGUGAAGGUGGCUUAGCCGUCCCUCCCCCCCUUGCACCCACUUGCAAACGGUCGGAAUGGAAGACGGCAGCCUGGAUGACGGCAACAGGGCACAACACACACACACAAAGCAGCGCUCGCGCUUGUAGAACGGUUUGAAAGAAGCAGAAAAAACAAGCUAAAUGCAGGGCAAACAGGGAAGGGAAUGAAAAGGGGGAAGGGACGGGGUGGGAAAUGUUUCGAUCUCUCGCGCAGUCCGGUCAGACCGAGUGGCAUUCUCGACGCACCAGAGAUCGCGCCGCACCACUGCAAAGCGUGCGCGAGCGAGAAAGCAAUGCGAAAGACUGUGUGUGUGUGAGAGAGAGAGAGAGAGAGAAUGGGCUCGGAACGGAUGCUCACACUCGCGGCAGACCAGUAGGCGUUUUGUGAAUGCGCACUAUACUCACACACUGACACACACACACAGGGAUGAAAUCAGCUCCGCGUUCGCUGACGGCUGACUGUCUCGUUUGGUGCGCCACCCCGCCGCCCACCGCUCUGACCACCUUUCCACACUUGACGCACGUACGAACACCCAAAACCCGCACAACCGAACGAACGACAUUCCAUCGAACCGCGCGCACUACCCGCACCUGCCCUACAAAAGGGCCACAGACACACACACACACGCACAUACGAAAGCGAGAGAAUGCGCUUUCCUGCUCUCACAAGCCGCGCUCAAACGCUUUCUGCCACUUGUCUCGCUAGCGGCGAACGAGAACGCCAUCACACGCUCUCUCUCACUCAUUCACUCUUUCCUUCGCUUCUUUCACACUCAUUCAACACUCAUUUUCGCGCUCUCUCUCUCACACACACUCUCUUGUACGAUCAUGUGACGGUGAGUAUGAAUCAACGCGCACGCACUGCGCCCCUCGUACGUUUGUGUGUGUGGGUGCGCUGGUGAGCGAGAGAGAGAGAGGGGCGUACGAUCGACGACAAACCGUGAGCACGGCCGGCCCUGGCACAGUCGGCAAAGCGAGCCGUUUUUUCAAUACCUCACAGCAACUGCACCAGAGCGCACGCACGCUCGUCUCCCGCGCGCGAGAGAGACAACAAGAGAUAGAGAGAGUGAGAGAGCGAGAAAGACGGAGCCAAUAGGACCCCCCUAACAAAAUAGGUUUCAGGUGUGUGUUGUGUGUUUCAUUUUGAAAACACAGCUCAACGACAGCGGACACACCACAAAGCAACCGGAGUGCAACCCGCGCGCGCGCUCGGUCAUCAUUCACAGAGAGCCUUUUCUUCUACUCGGGUCGUGUGUGUGUGUUUGUAUUUAGUGUGAAAUAUAUUGUAGUGCGUUUUGUUUUUGGCGAGUGUUUCCAGUGUUGUAAUUGCAGGGAAGACUCAUAUUCCCAAAGUGCCUUUUUGACGACUUUUCUCCAACGACAGUAGUGUGUGUGUGUGCGUUUGUCUCCACAACCGCAAUAAAAGCAAUUGUUAUACAAAGAGCAAGUGACGAUAGUAAAGUGUGUGUUGUGCGUUUUUGUGAAAAUGCAGCAAGCGCAUUAGAACGGCAAAUAUAUAUAUAGAGAGAGAACGUGAUAGUGUGUGCGGACGACAACAGUGAAAACGAACUGCACCGGGCGCCUCCACACGCAUACAAACACGCAGCGAAAACAGCAAACAGAAAGAGCCGCCGGGCGAAUGGAAUAUUUUGACAGUUCCAAGCUCCAAGCAAGCGUGUAAUGUGCCGUAAACGUUCCGUAAUGAUGCUGUGCCACAAGUGUGCGAACGUGUAUCUACGUGCCUUUUAGUGUGUGUGUCUGUAAAAUACUACCAAUUGUGUGUGUGCCUUUUUUCAGUAGCGAAAAACAUAUCCGACAUAUCCACAACAAACACUUUGUGCAAAACUUUCUCGAAAAAAAAAACAGAAACAAAAAUGGCCCACGGUUCACUCACUGUUGCCGGCAUGAUGGUGAAAAGUGAAGCGUCCCCGACCGGCCGGUCACCGUCCGCCGCCGGCACAGCGACCACCACCACCAGCCCCAGCCACAGCAACGCCGCCAAGAUGGGGUCGCGGCGCAUCUUCACCGCCCAGUUCAAGCUGCAGGUGCUCGACUCGUACCGGAACGAUGGGGACUGCAAGGGGAAUCAGCGGGCGACCGCCCGCAAGUACGGCAUUCACCGGCGGCAAAUCCAGAAGUGGCUGCAGGUGGAAAGCAAUCUCCGCUCCGUCGUAGCAAACGGUGGCGGAAGUAGCAGCAGCAACAGCAACAGCAGCAGCAGUAGCAACACCGGAAUUUCUACCAACGGAGGAGCAGGCAACGCCAACAGGGAGGCGGGGAUGAAAAUAAAUCUUCUAAAUCAUCACCAGCACCACCACCAGCAUCCGCAUCUGCCCCACGUGCAGCAGCACCAUCCAUCGGUGCACCAUCCGGCCCAUCAUCCGCUGCACUAUCAGCCGGCGGCAGCGGCGGCCAUGCACCAUCACCACCAUCAUCCGCACCAUCACCAUCCGGGGCUGACCGGGUUGAUGCAAGCGCCCUCGGUAGCGGCGGCGGCAGCAGCAGCAGCGGCCGCAGCAGCAGCAGCAGCAGCAGCACACUACCACCACCACCACCAGCAGCAGCAGCAACACCUGCAGCCGGUCCAUCCGCUGGCGUUCCAUCCGAUCGGUGGACCCAUCGUGCCCCAGCAGCAGCAGCAGCAGCAUCUGAUGGACGCGGUCAGACAACGCGCGGUGCGUAAUGGUGCAAGUUUGUCACCCGUCCACACCGCCCCGGCCAUCCCAGUGUCCUCCUGUUCGCCCCUGUCCACCGCAUCAUCGGCGUCGUGCUCGUCAUCGGCCGCCGGUUCGCUCUGUCCCACGUCGCCGCCAGCGAGCGUAUCGAACGGUGAGCAGCCGGCGUCCUCUGGCGGCGAUCCGGCGAACCCGCAGCAGCCGUCCGUCAUCUUUUCGCCCGUACCGCGGCUGGCUGGUUCGUCGCCUGCCGCCGCCCCACCCUCACCGCCAACGUCGGCCGGGGAGAGCAACCACUAUUACGGCCACAUUCGUGCGUUUGCGGCAGCGGCGGUGGCAGCAGCCGCCGUCCAGCGGUACGAUCAUCCGAUCGAUCUGUCACGCCCCGGUUCGUCCCAGCUCGGUGGGCCCGUUUCGCCCGCAUCCGACGCCGGGUACGACCGGCGGGUAAAGCAGGAGCAGCGCGACGAGGAAGGGGAGCUGGAAGCGGCGGAGGAGGAGGAGGAUGAGGAGGAGGAAAUCAGCGUAGAGGAGGUGGAUGAGCCGGUAAGCAGCCACAGCGCGUCGGAACAGGCGUGGGAUCUGUCCUGCCGCCGGUCAAGCGAUGCCACCAGCAGCACGGUCACCUCCUCCAACAAGCGAUCCUCCUCGGCAAUGAGUGGCCCGAUCGCAACGCCCGACACGAGCCGCCCCGCCAAGUCGGUGAAACUCUUCAAACCGUACCUGCUGGAUGAGGAACCAAAGCAGCAGUCGCAGCAGCAGCAGCAAAGGCCCGAUUCAGCCCUCGCGGAAGAUGAUAAGGAUUCGACGCGUGAAUCGCCCGCGAUCGUGGAGCAACACCACCAGCAGCAGCAAUAUCCAAUCAUCUGGAGCAACAGCUCGCCGGCGUACUACGAACCGCCGCACGCGUACGAGCUGAACCCGCCGGCCUAUCUGCUUGCCUCGCCGGUGACCGGCCUGCCGGGUGUGGCGCCCGUACCGGCGCUCGCCACCGGGCGGGGCUGGAGCUCACCGCAAGCGUCGCCCGUGUCCGGAUACGACAGCUCCACCUCGAUCUCGUCCGUCUGCAGCGGGCCGGAGGAGGACAACGCUAGCCACAGCAGCGCCUCCAGCCACGGCAGCAGCGACGGCCCGUCGUCGUCGGAGAAGCUGAAGCGGCAGGCAAUCGACAGCUUCUACCAUGAUGUGGCGUGCCGCGGGGACUACCGGGCGGUCGCGACCAAGUACAACAUUAGCCGCAAGUACGUGGAAAAGUGGCUGCAGCAGGAGGAGCAGCAGCAGGAAGAUGACCACCACCACCACCAGCAACACCAUCAUCAUCAUCAUGCGGAAGUGACGACAGCGGGCAGUGUGCGAGUUUCACCGCUCGUUGUAGGGUGAUUUUUUGCACCGCUUCAAUUGCGACACGUGAAAGGUAAUGCCGUACUGGGUGCAUAGCAUUAAAAGGGAGGGAAGCAAAACGGGAGUUGCUUUUUCAAGAUAGGCCAUUUAAUCAUAUUUGUUUUAUUUAACUGAAAUGUGAUAUUUUACUAUAUAUUGUGUGAAUUAAAAGCACACACAGAGAGAUACAGGGAUGUAACUCGAGAUGAGGAAGAUUCAGAAAACAGCACGAGAGAGAGAUGAAACGAGAAAGUGAUGGGAAGGAUAUCAAGUUUGACGUUGUUUUACACACCAAAUGCCAAAAUUACAACCGUCUCCAGAACAGAACGAGCAGGUCUUGUUUUGUCUGUUGGUGGCCAACAGUUCAGCAAGGGGCCGCACAGGUGGCGGGAUUAACACACCGACCGCCGCACACCUUAUUAUGCUUUACCGGGCAGGUUUUGGGUAAGGAGGCGACCAGAUCGGGAUCGCGGGAUUUCCCCACAAUUAGUCGAUCGUCACACCUCACAGGUGCCAUAAUGUUCACCGUGUCAUUAGCUUUUUCGUUUGCAAGUUCAAUCAAUAGAGAGAGAGAUAGGGACACACAGGGAUGGCCAUAAUCGAGGGCCCCGGGGUCAAUUGAGAAGAUCCCAGGUAGGGCAGUGUAGGGAUUGAGAAGCUUCGGAGCUAUGAGAGGCAGCCUUGCCAGGUAGACCUUAGCUGCGCUCUUAAAGCAAACCAAAAUGCAUUUGCAUUUUACAACACACUUAUAAUGUGCCCUCUCCAAAUCAAACGUGUUGCUGCGACGAAAAAAGAAGGAAAGAAGGUACAAGCGGCCGCUUAAGGAUACAACAUGGGGGAUGGGCUGCAUCUUUUCGCACCUUUUCCCUUUUCUUUGGGUAGUGCGCGUUUGCCACUUGCCUUUUCGGUGGGAAUUUCCCAAAAUCCGCGCGAAAAGGCGGGGUAGCGUAGAGCAACACACACACACACACACCUACCGUACCGUGUGCUUUUAGGACAUUUAGGGUGCAAUGUGCCAACUACCGGCGGUUUCACAUAUCAUUCAAACAGGGAGCAACGUUUUCCAUCUCUCCAGUUUCGCCGUGAAAAGGAACAACGGAGAACGAUUUUUUUUAUUUUGCUUUUUUAUUCCUAUUUUUGUGCCGCAAAAUAAUGCUUCGCACAUGCACUUCUUGAACUAGACCCUAUUACGCAUCGCCCUCGAUCGCGCGCUACUUGACUUUUGCUUCUUUUUUUUUCUUUUCGUUUUGUUUUUUCGCGAGCAAAUAUGUUUGUUCCGCCGAUAGGCUUUGGUUUUGUGGGGAAGAAGAGGGUUUGAGUCACCUGUUUUGCGCUGCUUCCCUCGUAAGUGUGCACGGGACCGACCACCGUGUGUUGUCACCUUAGAACGCGCGCACACACACCCUGUCCCGCGUCCCGCUUGAUUACGAUCAGUUUGACGCGCGGCGACGGGAGGGCAAAGAGAGGGAAAAAGGUUUUAUGUUUCUGGCUUGCAUCAUCAUCAUACCUGGUCGAGUUGUGGUGUGCGGGGUAGCUAAAAUUAGACUUCAAUUGGCAAAGUGCAAUUGUAUGUGUGUGUUGUGGCUGGCCCUUAGCACCGGAUCAAAACAGUGUGGGGUAAAAAAAAUGCCACCCAACCACCAAAAAGCAAUAACGUAUUAAAACGGCAAACAAAUCGCGCACACUUACAAAAAAAAAAGCAAAUCCUAUCCUGUGACUGCAAUUGUACACCUGCAUAUCGUAUAAGGGACAAUUGCAAAAAAAGGGUCAAGAAAGAUUUCAAACCCCGCGGGGGGAAGGAAGUGGCGACGGUGCGGCUCGCUCGCUCGCUCAACGUCAGCAAAUGAGACAUGAGUUUUUUUUAAUUUGUUUCCCUUUCUUUCUUUUUUUGGUUUUUGAAAAAUGUAAUCGAAAACUUGUAUAACGGUGCCUUAGUUCUGGGGUGUGGGCCGCCCGUCCCAUAGUUCAGUGCAGGUCAGCUAAACUUGUUUGUUCUCGUUUCUGGUCGUAUUAGUCCUUAAGUCUUUCCUUUUUAUUCGCUCUAUCUCACUCUCACUCUCUCUCUCUCUCGGCUGUAUUAUCUCUCAAUCUUGUAUAAAAACUAAACGGUGCCAACACACAGAAUCAGCAGCAAGCAAAAGGUGUACAGUAAGACGACGUUUUUGUGCGUACAGAUUGGUGGUUAAUGUUAAGCAAAAAGAAAGCUCUAGUGUUUAAGUAAGCAAUGUUUAUAACACGUUUGUUGAGAAGUAGCAUGUAGAAAGGUUAAUUGUUAAAACAGCGACUCGAAUUUCCCCUCCCAUUUUCCGAUGUAAAUCCCAUCAUCCCAAGCAUCCCAAUUUAAGAAUCGAGUUCUUCCAGAGCGCGAAAGCAAAGAAGAAACGGAUAGACAGGGGAACGGUAGAGCGUUUCGAAAACAAACUACAGGAAAACCCUCUUAUAUCAGUAGUAAUACAGUAAUUGUUAAUAGUAGCGACUAAAAAGCAUAGGGAAGAAAACAAACGUAAUUGUGAAAUUCGAGUGCCUAAAUGAAAACGAAUCAAAACGUUUAUUAUAUUAGCAUAGCUUAGAGCUUAGUGUAGCCAGUUUAGUGCUGUUUAGUGUGUAAGCGUCAUAAUUUAAACCCCCAAUUGUAUAAAAAAAAACGUAUAUUACAAAAGCAAAGAAGCGCGCGCGUGUGUGUGUAGCGCAGCAUUAGCGGUAGAUAGACAGGAUAGAUCUUAUAAGCGACACAGAUCAAAUACUUAUCAAAACGGCGACAAAUGUCUGCCAGAAAAGCAUACAAUACAUACAACAAACGGCAACAAUAAUCUAUAUACAUACAUACAUACAACACACUAACUGUGUCAAUCAAGUGCCAAUGCGUAAGCGUACGAGAGAAGAAGAACCCCUCCCCUCGUGGUGGUGUAGAGAGCAAUAGAGUGUGAGUGUGUGUGUUUGCAAAAAACGGUUGAAGAACAGAUUCGCUCGACACCACUACCCACAUAUGGUUAAAACAAAUAAAAUCAAAAGCAAUACAUUUAAAACAUAAA